AGUAAACCAGGAAGUCAGACAGUCGGCGAAUGCAGUCAUGUUCAGUGUGAACGAAAUGAGCUGGCUUGAAAUAACGUGUUUGGCGUCUAUGUGCUCUUAAAGAUACAAUUCAAUUUAGAAUGGAUUCUUCGCAAGUCUAAACAGAGUGUGGUAUUUUAUUAGUGUAAAUUUAAGGGGUAAGAAUUGCGUGACAAUGAUGUCAGAAUGCGACCCGACAGAGACCUCCGAACCUGCGUUGGAUACCGAGACAACCGAGGUUUUUCCACCGCAGUCCAAUUUCCUCUCUGUACAACGUCCAACAGUGUUAUUUGACAAAAACACAGCGGGAUUGGGGCUCCAGGCUAACCCUGGCGUUGCCGUACGAAUUUCGGACUCGUGUGAAAGCGUCUUGACCGAGCUUGAGGCGGAAGGCUCCGGCGAAGACGUGUUAUUGUUGCCGUGUUUUGCUGGGACCUCGUCCCCGCAGAGAAGUGCCCGAGACAAGAUCAAGCGGAACAGACACAGCUCGUCAUCGGACAAAGACACUUUAGCCUCGCCAGGUAUCAACAGUGGGGACUUCAACCACUUUUCAGAUGACCCUGAGUUUGCGGAUAUUAUUCAAAGGGCUGAGCAAGCCAUUGAGGCUGGUGUCUUUCCAGAGAGGAUUUCGCAGGGCUCCAGUGGGAGUUACUUUGUCAAAGAUCCUAAAGGGAAAGUCAUUGGUGUUUUCAAACCAAAGUCAGAGGAACCAUAUGGUCACCUGAAUCCCAAAUGGACCAAAUAUUUUCACAAGCUCUGCUGUCCGUGCUGUUUUGGUCGAGGCUGUUUGUUGCCAAACCAGGGCUACCUCUCAGAGGCUGCUGCAUCGCUAGUUGAUAGCAAACUGGGCCUGGGUGUGGUGCCAAAAACAAAGGUGGUGUAUUUGGCGAGUGAGACCUUUCACUAUAGUGCCAUAGACAGAGCCAAAUCCAGAGGGAAGAAGUACGCUUUAGAGAAAGUGCCCAAGGUGGGACGACGCUUCCACAGAGUGGGCCUGCCACCAAAGGUGGGCUCAUUCCAACUGUUCGUGGAGGGUUAUCGUGAAGCCGACCAUUGGCUGAGGCAUUUUGAGGCAGAACCUCUGCCAGAAAACAUCAGAAAACAGCUACAGUCCCAGUUUGAGCGGCUGGUGGUGCUGGAUUAUGUCAUCCGAAACACAGAUCGAGGGAACGACAACUGGUUGAUCAAGUAUGAGAAACCAGGAGAGUGCGAGGGACCAAAGGAUGCCGAGUGGCUAGAGAACAGUUCGGAGCCUUGCAUCAAGAUUGCAGCCAUUGAUAAUGGCCUGGCCUUUCCCUUUAAGCACCCUGAUGAAUGGAGAGCCUAUCCCUUUCACUGGGCGUGGCUCCCCCAGGCCAAGGUGGCUUUCUCCCAGGAGACCAAAGAGUUGGUGCUGUCCCGCCUUUCAGACAUGAACUUUGUGCAGGACCUCAUUGAGGACCUCUAUGAGAUGUUUAUGAGAGACAAAGGCUUUGACAAGACCAUGUUUGAGAAACAGAUGUCCGUCAUGAGGGGCCAGGUGUUGAAUCUCACCCAAGCUCUUAAGGAUGGCAAGAGCCCUCUACAACUGGUAAAGAUGCCCCGCGUGGUGGUCGAGCGCAGCCGAUCAGGUGGCCAGGGCCGCGUGGUCACUUUGGGCAACGCCUUCACUCAGACCUUCCACUUUAAGCGACCUUUUUUCUCCUCUUGGUAGAGAGAGGGUGUAUCAGUGUUGGUUUUGGUUCUGAAGGCAAAAAGUGUCAAAUAAGUGAGGGGAUAUUCUGAAGAAGUAGGAUAAAGAAUGUUUUUACCAAGCACUUAUUGUGAGGGCAGUGUAUGAUGUGAAUGACGCUUGAGAGGAUAACAUUACAUUGUUAGUGUUUCCUAUCGAUCGAGCCUAUACGGGGUUGUCAUGGUUAGAUAAUCAGCCUAAAUGAGCUUUGUUUAUAGCUAAACCAGGCAAGAUUUUUUUUGUCUGUAUUUUUUGUCCACAAUUUUAUACUAUUCACGGGUUUUACCAGUGGGUCAAGUGACAAAAAAAAGACCUCUGUGGUCCACAGGUGUUUGACAUUCUCAUAAAAUAUUGCCCCCAAAAAAGUGCAUUUGUAAAGAACCUCCAGAAAGUUUCAUUUUGCUUUGUUAGGCCACUUUCACUAAAUUUGAUAAACCUUUCCAAAAUGUGUUGAACAAACACAAAGCCAGUGUCUUCAACCCUUACAGUGCUACUGCCAAACUCUUGUCUGCAGAAAGAUUCUGUAAAGCCUCAAGAAAAAAAAAAACCAUACAUAUAUCUUGUUUAAAACUUGAACUUAAGCCUCAUGAAAAGAGGAAGAGGACAUAAUGCUUGAAUGUUUACUAUUUAUACACGUGUUUUUUUUAAACAUUUCACAGGGAGUGAGUACUGUCAAAAACAAUCUCACAACACUGAAUGUAUUUGUUCUUUGACAUGUAUUUACCUCUGCAUGGAGAAUGGCACCACUGUCACCCCUCUUUGUGACUUAUUAUUUAAAGAGGAAAGUCGUUGCCAUGGAUUUUCUUCCUUAUGUAUGCAUCUUGACAUUUUUAUUCCACCUUGAUGAUUGUAUGAUCAAAGUUGUAUAUUUAACACAAUUAAUAAGCUUUGGGAGCAUUUAACCUGCAA